AUGGCUAACUCGUCUCCGUCCUCCGUGGCCGGUGGGACAACGUCCCACACUGCGUCGACCAUCAUCGCCGAGGGUGUAUCCGGGUCGCACGACCUAAGCAUCAAGGGCUACUCUCGCACCAAGGGGCUGGGCAUCGGCGAAUGCAUCACAUCCGAGAAGUUCGACGUCGGGGGCCAUCACUGGUGUAUCAAAUACUACCCUGACGGUGAGGCCAAGGACGACACCGACUCGGUAGCACUGCACCUAUGGCGUGAUGACACUGACGGCAAUGAUGUCACCGCAAUAUUCACGUUCAGUUUGCUCAACGGGGAGGGGCAACCGGUGUCACUCCACAGCCACUCAAGUGGGCGUCGUACGUUCAGGCCCAAACAAGGAUGGGGAUUCGGUACGUUCAUCGAGAGGAACGACUUGGAGGAUUCCCCUCAUCUCAAAGAUGACUGUUUCAGCAUCAGGUGUGAUCUCACUCUCACUAAGGAGAUCUGCACCACACGCGCUGCCCCGUUUGUAGUUGUGCCGCCGUCGGACAUGCAUCGGCAACUACUCUACCUCUUGACAAGCAGGCAUGCAGGUGACGUGACUUUCAAGGUCGGCCGUCAGCGGUUCACGGCGCAUAGGUACAUCCUUGCUGCUCGGUCUUCGGUCUUCAUGGCCGAGCUCUUUGGUCCCAUGAAAGAGAAGGAGGCCACCUGCAUACACAUCCAUGAAGUGGAGGCCAAGGUUUUUAAAGCCAUGCUUCACUUCAUUUACACCGACGAACUGCCUCAGAUUGACGACGGCGAAGCUAUGGUGAUGGCACAACAUUUGCUCGUAGCGGCUGACAGAUAUAACCUCGAUAGGCUCAAGUUAAUGUGCGAGGAGACCUUGUGCAACUACAUCAGCAAAGACACAGCAGCCACCACGUUGGCGUUGGCUGAGCAGCAUGGCUGCGAUGGGCUCAGGAGGGCAUGCUUCGCAUUCCUCGCUUCACUCGACAAUCUCAAGGCAGUCAUGGCGAGUGAUGGCUUUGCCCAUCUGAGGAGCAGCUGCCCCUCCAUCAUAGAGAAGCUGGUCACCAACCUUGCUCCCUGCUGA